AUGGCGAAUGUUAUUUGGAUCUCCCCACCCUCCAGGCUUCAACGCGCAAUCAGGUGGAAACAAAAUCGCCGUCACAUGCGUCUCCGCUCCCCUUUCCCGCAAGACCACAACCCCUCCCCGAAAUCACGCACAAGCGGGGAAAAAAAUUUCCGUCAAUCACGAUCACGCCCGCAUCUCCCCCUCCACCCAAGGCCACAAGCCCGCAGCCCCUACCCGUUUCUCAGAGAAAUUGUGUGGUUCCCGUACCCGGCAGUGCGACACCGCAGCCUCCGCCGUUUCCCUACCCAUCCACCGCAGCUCUCUCCUCUCAUCCCCUCCAGCUCCAGCAACCGCCGCCCUCCCCAACACACGCUCUUCGACGAGGACCGACAGCCGCGUAGCAGUCUGACGCUGCCACUAACCACAAGGCGAGAUGGGCAACAGCGACGCCGCAUCGCCCGCAUAGGCAGCCGCCGCGUGCGACGCCAAGAAGAAGAGGGGAAUCUCUCGGCAGCGAAGCUGAAGCAGAGCAACAGCGAGACGCCGCCGCGAGUAGUUUCUGUCCAAGGGGCUCAGUUUCCGAUGGGAGCUUGUGCUGGCAAUGCCUCGCCGUGCCCAAGCCAUGGCACACGCACGCGAGACUCCGGCGAGCAACUAGCCCGGCCGUAUUUGAUAAUGUCUACACCAAAAGAUACACGUACUGCGCUAAGCGAUAUCACCAACAACCACGUCACAGACAAUGCCAAGCGUAAAAGGGAGGAAAGGAACGCGGCGCAACGAAAACGUCGAGCUGAGAUGUCCAUUGAACAAAGGGAAGAGAUUAAUAGGAAACAACGAGAGUACCGAGCACGGAAAAAGGCUGGAACCCAAAAUAUUACCACUUCCUGUGUUGUGUCUCCAACAGAGCUAACAUCGUCACCCAUAGUAGGUGCGACAUCAACCCUAACUGAGCACACACCAUUUGGAACUGCUUUCUCUGCCAUUGUGCAAGCACCGAGCAUAGAGAAUGAUGAUAAUUUGCCUAGGCUACGCCACAACCAUGUACAAGGUGAAACCAAUGAAGAUGAAUUUGACCAUGAAUUAUUUGAACCUACAAAUAUUGUUGAAGACGGUGAAGAAGAUGACAUGAACGCCGCCCAGGGAUUGCACAACGAAAACUUAUAUGCUCAUGAUGAUGGAAUAAUUCAGCUACAUCCGAGAGGUCCUGAUUAUGAGUCUUAUCGCGUGCUUGUAGAGGGUGCGGCUGCACAUAGUGUGACGGAUGAUCCAUAUGAAUUCAUCUACCAGAACCUGCCACAAAAGACAUAG